GAAAUAUCGAUAUAAAUAGUGUAAUAAAUACUGCAGACGAUUGACUGAUUUGUGAUGAGAAAAUUGUUUAAUAUAAAAAUAAGUUAGUAGUUUUGGAUUUUAAGAUACUUUUGUUGUUAUUUCGUUAUAUUUUCAAGUACUCUGUGAAAGGAAACUUGAUAAAUAUUUUCAAUUAAAAAACCGUAGAUAAGUGAGAUGAGUUGGUGUCUGAGGCAAGUAUCGCAAUGCGUGCAGAAGUUAUGGGCACCGCAAGCACAGCAGGUUCGAUACCGUUAUCAUAAAGAUAAGUUGGAAAAAGGAAAAUUCAUCAGACGAUUCGGAUAUGAGGAAAGUUUACUUCAACGAGGUCUUCUACCUCAUGUUGAUGGACCGAGACUGCCCAUGCCUAUCUAUGAACCAAAAAAUUCAUGGUCCGAAUCCAAAGCACUAUUUGGGCAAAACGAUUAUAUAGAUAUCCUAGGAAAUGAAAAUUUGCAUCCUACAAGAACACACUACCAAACUGCAUCCUGGUUGAGGGGCGUCAAAGGAAAUGAACUGCAAGUGCUAAUUCGAAAAAAGAAGUUCGUAGGCAAAGGAAUAUUUCCUAUUUCCAAUCCCUUAAAAUGGAGAAAUUUGAACAAACGCGUCCAAUACUUGUAUAAAUUUAUGAAUCGUAAAACUAAUCAGUUUGUUUUCAAUAAGGAAUAACUUAGCAAAGUUUCUUACUAGAAACAAAAAAUAUUGUAGCGAUAAACUUCCAGAAAUGUUUAUAAGUGUAUAAAAGUUGAAUUUUCAAUUUGUUUGGGAAGUACAGUUGAAGUUUAAAUACUUUUAAACUAUAAUCAUCCUAUUUUCUCAGUGUCACAAUAAUUGUUAUUCUAUGGGACAUAAAUGAUUAUAUAUCAAUAUUUUAUUUUUUUCUCUAAUCCUUCAAAUAUCAGUAAGACCUGAACUGGAUCAUG